AUGGCUUCAUGUGAAGAUGAGGUACUCCGGAUCGGUAAAAAAUUCGAACGUAUGAUUCAAGGGACAAAAUCUGUUAGUUUUUUUGCUUUGCCUGGAAUUAGACUCAUUCGUCAUUACUUCAGAUACAUCAUUCAAAUGGAUAGUGCGAUGGAAUUGUUGGACGCAUUAUCAACUCUGCCGGUUGAUAUCAAUAUUCUGACUAAAACUCGAAUUGGUAUGACUAUUAAUGAUUUACGCAAGAAAACUAGUGAUGAACAUAUUGCAAAACGAGCUAAAGCUUUGAUCAAGGAGUGGAAAGUUUUGUUGGCGGGUAGGACAAGUAGUAAUAGUAAAAAUGAUGCAAAGAGUUCACUGGCAAAAAACAGUGUGUCUGCAUCUGCUUCAAAUGGGAAUUCCAAGGCUUUGUCUCAAUCUUCAGAUCUACAAAAAAAUAUUUCUGGUUCAGCCAACUCUUUAGUAACACCUGCAGCAAAGAAACAGCUUCUUGUCGAUGAGAUAAGAAAUAAGUGCGCUACAAUGAUUUUGGAUGCUCUUAUUUCGAAAGAUCUUCCAGAUGGUACUCUUGAUCCUGAAGAUUUGGCAAUUCGAACCGAAAAAAAAUUAUUUGAAGUGCAUCGUGGUACUUCGGAGAAAUACAGAGCCGCUCUUCGAAGUAGAGUUUUCAAUCUGCGUGACAAAAAAAAUCCAGCUCUACGUGAAAAUGUGUUGAUUGGCGCAGUAACACCUGAAAAGUAUGUUUGA